GUGAUUUUUUUCAAAAAAAAAAACAAGCUGAACAGAAUUCAUUCAAUAUGUCCAAUCUUGAUGAUUUCUUUGCCAAGAAGGACACUAAAAUCAAAAAAAAAAAAUCAAAUUUCUUGGCCACCGAUGAGCUCUACAAAACGCUGGAGGAAUCCGCAAAGUUGUCAUCAAAUGCCGAUCCCGAUGAUAUUAUGGAAGCCGUUACUCAUAUAGAGGGUUCAAGCGGAUUUCCAGGAUCGGCCAUGAAGUCACCCGAAUUUGGAAUUCGUUUAUCUGAUGAAACUGAUGACGUGGAGGAUGAAUGGCGUGAUUUUACUGAGGAGAAUUGCAAGCAGUACACUAGCUCGAGACGUAGCAUCCAGAUGAGUCUUAGCUCCAUAGGUGGCGAGGUCAAAGUUCAGGAACUGGAGCAGCUAGAUACAGGAGGCGAUGGUAUAGACGUGGGUCAGGCUCAUAAUGAUGGUAUGGCAAAUACUUUUUGUCCCUGGCAAAAGAUGGAGGUCCAUCUUGAGGUCCAAACAUCCAAGAAUCGGAAGGGCGGAGAGCAGUCGGACAAAAAGGAGGAGCCAACAAAGACUAAGAGCCAAAUCUAUAUUCCUCCUGCUCUGCGCCAGAGCCAAGGUGACUUCAAUCAAAACCUUCAGGUUAAGAGCCGUCUGCCGAAAACUCAAUCCAAGGUCUUGGAAAAAGGUCAAGCUCCCGAUCUCAAUAGUUCUGAAUAUUUUCCCACCUUGAGUGGUUCCAAAAUAUUCAAACGCACCAAGUAACCGAUAAAUUUACGAACUUUUAAGUUACCGUUGCUGUUCAAAGUUUGCUGAGAUCAAUUGUUAAUGUGUGCAGUCUGGAGCGAUGUCUCGCUCCAAUAAAAAAGAAAGCAAUCUACUA